GCAUUGCAAAUUGGAAUUGGAAUGGCUUCUUCAUCUUCUUCUUCAUCAUCAUCAUCUUCUUCUUCUUCUGCAUCUUCAUCUUCUUCCAUUAUUGAGUUCCUUCACAACAAAAGCAUUCUUAUCACUGGUGCUACUGGCUUUCUUGCAAAGGUGUUGAUAGAGAAGAUCAUAAGAGUCGCAGGGCCCAAUGUGAAGAAGCUUUAUCUUCUCCUCAGAGCUGCUGAUUCCAUCUCAGCCCUCCAUCGAUUCAACACUGAGGUAUUGGGAGCAGAAUUGUUUCGCGUAGUAAAAGAAAAAUAUGGAAAUGAAUUGGAUUCAAUUUUAGCCGAAAAAAUUCGGGUGAUCGCCGGCGAUGUAAGAAAUGGCGAUGGCCUCGGCUUACCAUCCUUUGUUUUGGACGAACUUUUCGAGCAGCUCGACAUUGUCAUCAAUUUGGCCGCCACCACCAAUUUCGACGAGAGAUACGAUGUUGCCCUUGGAAUCAAUACAAUUGGAGCUGCAAAUGUUUUUAAAUUCUCAGAAAAAUGCACUAAACUCAAAGUGUUUCUCCAUGUAUCAACUGCAUAUGUGUGUGGGGAGAAAGAAGGAAUAAUUGUGGAGAAGCCAUUGAAGCUGGGGGAGAGUCUUAAUGGCAGAAGUGAUUUGGACAUUGAGAAGGAAAAGCUCAUUGUCGAGGAAACCCUAAAAAAGCUUCAGAAAAGAAAUCAUCAUGAGGAAGACGACGAGGAGACUGUAAUGAAAGCUUUGGGGCAAAAAAGAGCUGCCCUAUACGGCUGGCCCAACACUUAUUCUUUCUCAAAGGCAAUGGGAGAGAUGCUCUUGUCUGAUCAUCAACACGGCCGUGUUGUCAUCCUAAGGCCAACUAUCAUUACAAGCACCUUUAAGGACCCAUUCCCUGGUUGGCUUCAAGGCGUAAGAAAUAUCGACAGCUUUGUGGUUGGGUAUGGGAAGGGCAAAAUGAAAUGCUUCAUGGGAGAUCCUGAAAGUGUAAUAGACUUGAUUCCGGUCGACAUGGUUGUGAAUGCCAUGAUUGUAGCAAUGGCGAGGGAAGCUUCGGACAUGACGACGAUCUACCACGUGGGAUCGUCUAUGUCGAAUCCGGUGAAGUAUCGCCAGCUUCAGUUGUACGGCUGGCGAUUCUUCACCGAGCACCCAUGGAUGGACAAGGACGGGAACCCCGUCGUGGUUUGUAAGGGCAAAGAAUUGGCCACCGUCGAUGCAGUCCGAAGAUACAUCAACUUUCAUUACUUGAUUCCUCUCAAGGUUCUUAGUAUGUUAAACUUUGCGAGUUGCCGACAUCUUCAAGGAACAUAUCUCGAUCUUUCUAGAAAGGUCAAGUUCUUGAUAAGGCUCGUAGACUUGUUUAGUCCCUACAUCUUCUUCAAGGGAGUAUUCGAUGACACCAACACAGAAAGAUUGAGGAUUGCAAUGGAGAAGUGUUGUAAUAUCGAGACAACAGAAAUGUUCUACUUCGAUCCAAAAAGCAUCGAUUGGGAUGAUUAUUUCAUGUAUACUCACAUUGCCGGAGUUGUCAAAUAUGCUUUCAAACGAUAGAUUGAAAACAUAUUUGAAAAUAAAUAAAUAAUCGUUCGAUACAAUUUAUAUUAUGGCCAAGGCUUGUAGAGAAGUAUUUUAGUCGAUGGGAUCGACUAUGAAACUAUUAUGUGGACUUGUAGAAUUCGGAUAUUUAAUUUCUUCCCGUCUUUCUUUAGCUUUCUUGGCUUCAUCGAUCUCUUUGACAUUUGUAAGUCAUUUGA